AUGAUUCAAAUGAUAAAUAUGUAAUUAAAAUGUGUAUUAUAAAAGCAACAUAGUACAAGUGUCACCGAACCAUUUUGCUUGAACUUUAGGUUUGAGGAGAAAAUGAAAGAGAGUGUGAAGUUGAAAUGAGAGUUGGAUCCCUCUUCUUCGUAUCUUCAUCCCUUUCUUCUUCUUCUUCUUCUUCGUUGUCAGUAAUUGGAUCCUCCAUUUGUCGGUCCAUCAUACGGCCUGCACCCUCACUCCUCCAUCGUCUUCCCUUCCACUUCAUCCCAAAUCGUACAACCCUCACUUGUUCCAUGGCUUCCUCUUUCAAGCCCGAACAAGCUAGGGUUCCUCCCUCUCUCCAAUUGCCCUCUCCUCCCAUCACUAAGUUUAAUAUUGGGCUAUGUCAACUAGCGGUGACGUCUGACAAGGAAAGGAAUAUUGUUCAUGCGCGUGCAGCAAUUGAGGAAGCUGCUGAGAAGGGAGCUAAGCUUGUUGUUUUGCCUGAAAUAUGGAAUAGUCCAUAUUCAAAUGAUAGCUUCCCAAUUUAUGCUGAAGACAUUGAUGCUGGUUCUGAUGCAUCUCCGUCCACUGCCAUGCUCUCUGAAGUAGCUCAACUUCUGAAGAUUACAAUAGUGGGAGGAUCUAUACCUGAACGCAGUGGGGACAAGUUGUAUAACACUUGCUGCGUUUUUGAUGCUGAUGGAAAGUUGAAAGCUAAGCACAGAAAGAUACAUCUUUUUGACAUUGAUAUUCCUGGUAAAAUAACCUUUAAGGAAUCACAGACGCUUACAGCAGGAGAGACACCAACAGUUGUGGAUACAGAGGUUGGCCGAAUUGGUAUAGGGAUCUGCUAUGACAUUCGUUUUCAGGAAUUGGCCAUGUUAUAUGCCGCAAGAGGUGCUCACCUGAUUUGCUAUCCUGGGGCAUUCAACAUGACUACUGGACCACUGCACUGGGAGUUACUGCAAAGGGCAAGGGCAGUUGAUAAUCAGCUAUAUGUUGCAACAUGUGCACCUGCUCGAGAUGUUGGUGGUGGAUAUGUGGCCUGGGGUCAUUCCACACUAGUUGGACCAUUUGGAGAAGUGCUGGCUACAACUGAACAUGGCGAGGCAAUAGUCAUCUCAGAGAUUGACUAUUCACAAAUUGAGCAGAGGAGGACAAACCUUCCAUUAGAGAAGCAAAGACGAGGUGAUCUUUACCAGUUGGUAGAUGUGCAGAGGUCGAGUUCUCAGUAAGGCUAGUUAUGUGAAGUAAGGAGUCUAAUGUUAGUACAGAGGUGGAGUUCUCUGCACUAAAGGUUUAUUCAACAGAAACUGGGAUCAAAUCUAGAAAAUAAGAGGAUUGUCAAUUCUUUGACAUUGGUUGAUGUUUAGCAUUCUAUUCUAUCAAUCCUUAAUUUAAUCCUCAAGGUUGGGUUUCCAAAUUCUCUUAACAUUAUCUUGUGCAGAAGUUGGAUGUAAUGCCUUUUACGAGAAUGACACUAUGUUCAAUAUGGAAUACUGCUGCAACUGUUCAUGUAUUAUCUAUUACAUUGGUGAUUGUCCUGUUUUCGGUCA